GGGUAAGCAAUUUUGGUCACGUGACCCCAAAAGUCAACGUACACGGCCAAAAUGAGCCAAAAUAGCUCGGCUAAGGUAAGUUUUUUUGUAAUUAUUUUUCUAUCGAGUCAUUUUAAAUAAUGCUACAUAGCCUACCGACCGCGGCAUUUCCGAUGCUUUCUAAAUAUGCAUUUGGUGUCGUGUAACGUUUUGUAUUUUCUGAGAACAUUCAAACAUUAUUCACAAAUUUGUCGAUGACAACGUGCACACUUUUGUGUAAAAAUGUUGAUAAUAACAUUAUAAACGAUACGCAUGUCAGUGCUAAGUAAAAUUUCACGUUUUAAAAUGUAUAAGAGAAUGUUUGAAUGUAAAAAGAAUAGAUUUCCUGCUGUCGUUUUUUCGUAUUGAUCUAAAAAUGUUCAACUUACAGAAAUGUCAACGUACACAUUCAGUCAAGAAAAUGUCAACGUACACAUCCAAGUCAACUCAAACUUUUUAGUUAAAAAGAUCUAUUCGAAAACAAACGGCAUGGCUGUACUCAAUGGCUUUGUGGAGUGUGCGGGAGGACGUUCUCGUGCAAAGCAAGUGCCCGCCAACAUGAACGUCGGCACAAUAAAUCUGGUUCGGGUACUUCUUGCUGUGGCAAACUGUUCUUUAGCAAGGCAAAUCUUACGCGCCACAGAUGCAGCAAACACGGCGAGGAAAGGUUGCACUCCUGUCCCAAUUGUGAGAAGAAGUUUGCCACAAACGCCGACCUGGCACGCCACUUGCGCACCGAGACAAAAGCUAAGCAGUUUGAAUGCGAUAUAUGUAGAUUAAAGUUGUCGGAAAAAUCAAACUUGCAAGAACAUCUUCAUUCGCAUGAAGCCGUUGCAAACAUCAGCUGCAAAUAUUGCAAAAGGGUGUAUCGACAUAGGUCUAGUUUAUCUAGGCAUCUUAAGAAAAAGCAUGAUGCUUAAGAUUAAAGUAUCUUCAAGGACUAUUUUGAUUGUGUUUAGCAUACACUUUUAGGCUAGCUAGCGAUUAAAACAACGUAUAGGCAAUGUAUUUGAUAAUUUAAAUGUGUUUAUAAUUCUUUUGUUUAUUUUGUUAAGCGACUAAUGAACGUUAUUAUUUAUGCUAAUUAGCAUGCGUAUCUCGAAAUCCAGUAUUAUUUCACCGAUCUGUUUUCUAUUUCAUUUUAUUUACAUUUUUAUGUUAUUUUUACACCUUUAUCAAAUUGUCUGUGAUUAUGUAUCAGCGUCUGCAUUGAACAUUUGAACUUCAAGCAAAAUUAUUUGUUAUAUAUUAUAUUUUAAGUAUGAUUUUAUAUAACAAAUAAUUUUGCUUGAAUUUCAAAUGUUCAUAGUCUAUGUCAAUAUAUAUAUGUGUGUGUUCAUAGUCUAUGUCAAUAUGAUAUAUAUGUGUG